CUUCCCUAACCCUAAUCCCUGUAUUGCGCAAUUAAUGAAAUCCAAUCUCGCAGAGAAAAGUCCCAUAAACACUACCACAGUGUACGACCGCUGGUUCACCCCCAAACACACACACAGACUCGCGCACACACAUACACAUAGCCAUGGACUCCACCCUUACCCAACCCGUCUCCAUCAAACCCUCCUCUGCUCGUAAGCUGCCAAUCAAACGCAAAAACCCCGACAAUUCUAACCCUAACCCUAGUUUUCACCCAACCCUAGUCCCCAAACUCGAAUCCACCACCGAAUAUACCGCCGACGACGACAGGGAUGGCGACGACGUCGGUGGUGGAGAUCCGAACCCGCCGCCGUUCAAGUUCCACCGGAUAUGGACCGAGCCCGACGAGAUUCGUUUCCUUCAGGGCCUUCUCGACUGCUCCUCCGAUGGCCUUUCGUUCCCGAGAGACCUUAACGUCUUCUACGCUAGGUUCUCCGGCACCAUGUCGCAGCCGUACACGAAAUCUCAGCUCUCCGAGAAGCUCCGGCGGCUCCGCAAGAAGUUUCGGGUGAUCUCGUCGCGUCUCGCGCGGGGGCUCGACAAGUCGGCGCUUUCGUCGCACGAUCGGUCUCUGUUCGAGCUGUCGAAGCGGUUAUGGGACCCUGAAUUUUUGUCAAGUUCGCCUUUUGGUGCCAACAAUAAGCCAAAGAAGUCGAAUUUGGUUGGGGUCAAAGUUAGCUUCUCGCCAACACUGCAUUCAACUUCAAUUUUGGAUCAUAGCGUCCUGAAUUACGUUGACGAUGACAUUGAUGAUCAUGUUUGUGCUGGUUUUGAUGGUAAUGUUGAUGUUGUUGAUGGUGGUGUGAAAUUAAGUGAUGUGAAUAUUGAGUUUGAUGAUGGCGUUCAAGAAGAGGAAUUUCCGGUACCAAUCUGUUGUGAUGAUGUCGGAAUUGGGAAAAUUGCAGGGAAGACUGUGCUUGAUGUGUUUGAUCAUUCUCUGAAAGAGGUUAGGAUGGAGUUUGUUCGUCAGCGUCUGCUUUAUCCAGACAAUGGGUCCACAAAAGCUGGUUCUUCCAAGGAAGGGAAAGUGGAGAAUUUCGAAAACCGGUGGCGGGAGCAACGGGUUGCGGAGUUGGAUGUUUUGGCUCAUCGCUUGAGGUUGGUUCUUGAGAAUUCACUUCAAAUGCAAUGAAUAUAAGUACUUGUAUAUGGAACUGGCACAACACCCAUCUUUUAUUUAUAUUAUCUUCUUUUUAUUGCCUCAUUUUAAUUUAUUCGAUAGUUUUCUUAAGCUUCACAUUACAUUUGAUUCCUUUUUUUCUUUUAUUUCCUCUUCUUUUUCACAUGAGAAAAUUUGUAAAUUCCUUCAGAGAGAAUUUAUUUGUUUAUCUACAUUUCGAUGUUUCUGUCGCUGAAUAAGUUUAGGUAAUGGAAUAUAUCUUUGUUUA